UGUAGCAGUCAGUUUGUACCUCUUGGUGCCAUCAAGAACAGUUUUGGGGUACUAGAUAUACAGCGGACCAGUUUCAGAAUGGCUCGCGCUCCCUCCGUCUGGAUGCACUACAAAGAUUCGUUCCCUGGCGACAUCAUCCGCAACGAGGUCUUUGUCCCGAAAGAUGGCUUCGUACUAGAUACAUACUACUGCACGUUGAGCUGGAAUGGCGGAAUGGAGGGUGGAGGGUACUGUGGACUUCAGGAUCACCCCAGGGGAAAAGCUUUCAUCUACUCAAUUUGGGACCCCAAGCAAACGAAGAACGUUCCCAUCAAAGCAGCCUACAAGGGACUGUGGACUGAGACCGCCAACUUCGGUGGAGAGGGUACUGGACUCAGAUCCAUGAACUUCUCCAUCGGCUGGAAGCCGGAUCAAUGGUACACCUUGGUGUCAAGAGUUUGGGACGUCAAUAAUCAUACCUUCUUUGGCUUCUGGAUCCAUGACCAAACAGGUCACCAUUGGACCCACAUGGUCACCAUGGACUUCCCGGUCAAGCAGGUCAGGUUUAAUUCAGACACCAGCCUUUUCUUAGAAGACUGGGCAGGGACUGGUCAGAACGCACGAAAAGGUCACUACCGUCAGGGUUUCAAGAGGAAAGAUGGCGGCAGCUGGUUUCCAUUCACCAAGUCGACCUUCAGUGUCGUGGUGGAGGCGUCUACUCACGACCACGCCAACAAUUUUGACGCCGGGGUCGGGAAAGACUACUACUACAUGGCCAGCGGAGGCCACGUCCAUACAUCACCAGGGAUUGGAAUUCACGCAAACUUGGAACUACCAAGCCACAAUGCUUCUCCUUCCGACCCUCCCAUCAGCUUCAGCAUCACCAAGGCUAAGCCGGAUCUUGUGGAGUGGCAGGUUCCAGCGUCGUCCACACCGCAGUUCCACUACAGCAUCGUCCGGAACGGCACACAGAUUGCUUCAGGGGCUGACACAGAGAGACGAAGCCACCAAAUACAUGGAGCUCGAGCUGGUGACACCCUGGAGGUCCAUCUUGAGGACAUCAUGGGGAAGACAACUACCAAGUCUGUGAGGAUCUCAGCCUAGACAGGGAUCUGGUUCACUAUGAUGAUGGCUACAGGAGGACAUCGUCUGUUAUGGUCUUGGCCCGUGAAGGAGAACUGCCUCACCCUGAGGACAUGUAGGGAAGGACAUCGACCAGGUAUGUGAAGAUCAUGUCCUAUACAACCUUCACAUUGAGGACAUCCCGGAUUACAUCUUGGAAGACUGUUAAUGUGUCAAACAGUUUGCAAUAACUACCAAUUAAGUAUUGUAUCCGUAUUUAACAUAAUAUGUGUAUGUAGCUUCAGUUAUGCUUAAGGGUAGAAACUUAAUAUAUUCCAUAUAUAUGAGCGUGCUAUGAUGUACCCGGAAAAACGAUUCAGCACUCAGUAAAUGUAGCAUGUAUUUUUCAUUUACCUUUUGUUGAACACUACUAUUCUAGAAAUAUAUUGAUAUAUUGGAUGGAUAUAUUUACAUAUUUGAUGUAUAACAUAUGAUAUAUUUGAAAUGAGUAAUGGAAAAAUUCAAUAAUGAAAAUGAUAUAUUAUAUAUCAAUCAUAGUAUCUUUUAUUAAAUGCACGCUAAUUGAACUGAUUGAAUGCUAUGUAAAAAUGAGGUUAAAUGAUAAAGGAAAUGUUUAGGGUGUCUGUUAUUUUAUCGAAAAAAUAAAAUCUACCAAAGUAUGGAAGAAACAAUUGUCUCUCACAAAAAAUGUUGUAAGUCAUUGUUUGAAAAGUAAACAGGUUCAUUAUUCUAUUAAGAUAUGAGGUUUUGCAUCUGUAGCAGAAAAGUAUCAAGUUUCCAUGGGAAAUUCCAAACCCGGUUCUCCACAGAACAGGAAACAGUCAGUUACGGAUGAUUCAUUUAUAUUUUGCGUACAGCUUUGCGGGAUACAAAGACGAGGCCUCGUUUCUUAAAACUAAUGUAUUUGAACAUUCAAAACAUUUUCAACAAUAAUAGAAAAGUGUUUAUGUUUCCACAAAAUGCAACUGACAUGUGCAUUAUUGUAAACAAGGAAUAUAUACAAAAUACAAGAUAAGAUGAUACUUACCUUCACCAUCAUUAGGGUUACACAGUUACCAUGACGGGAUGAUUCUAUGGAAAACAAUUACAUUGUAAUUAGUGUCUCCUGUCUCACUUUCGUCUUUGGAUUCAGCGCCACACAGUAAUCUCCCUAAAGACAUCAUCCAUAUGUGUUCAUCAACUGUUAGUACUAGCUUUCCUACAUAAACUUUACAUGUUUAUACAUAGUGUUCAGGAUAUGUUUGUUAUUUGCAAUCAAAACUGUGCCUUAUCCCAUGUGUACGAGUAAUCAUUAUGUAUAAUUACGUUCUUAAUAAAAAAAAUGGUUCAUUUGUU